AUGGAAGUCAGGGCCUGCGACAUGUGGAGGGUGGACAUUGUCCUCCGAGGACUGUGCAGCCUGACGUCACUGAUGCUGAAGGCGGAGGCGCUGCGCUACGUGGUUGUGAGCGACCUGGCCGUCGCGUACACCAUGGUGCCCGUGUGCGUGAUGCUGCUCUCGUGGUACUUCAUGAACGAGAACAUGGGCCUGACCAUGUGGGUCUCGAUCUCGCUCUGCCUCUGCGGCGUCGUGGUCGUCAUGCGGCCCACCAUCUUCUUCAAGGAGUGGGACGAGGACACCACACAGACUCGCCUCAUCGGAUUCUUGUACGCCUUCGGCAGCGCCAUCUCGCUGGUCAUCAUGAUCGUCUUGUAUCGCCUCUCGCGGAACGCCACUAGCAAGUUCGUGGGCUUCAACAGCGGCCUGACCCGGACCAUCAUCGCGCUGCUCAUGGCGAUGGUCACGGGCACGUUCGACCAGCUGAUGGACGGCCGCUACUUGGGCACGCUGGUGAUGAUGAGCAAGCUGUCAUUCUGCGCCAUCUUCUUCCUCAACAAGGCGCUACAGAAGGAGUCGGGCGCCUUCGUCACAACCGUCAAGUUCAGCGCCGACAUCAUCAUGUCGGUGAUCCUGCAGAUCGCCUUCCUCGACCUCUACCCGGACGUCUGGAGCAUGGGCGGCAUCGUGCUCGUCGUGCUUUCAUUCAUGGUGACCACCUGCGGGAACACCGUGAAGCCCGCCUGGAAAAACCGGCGACGACGCAAGUCCAUCCAGAAGCGGCGCCAGUCCCUGAAGGUUGCAGAGGAACAGGACAUCGCGGCCAUGGCCGCCAGAUUCGCAGAGGCAACAGCCGCCGCGGCUACGUCUGGGACCGCCUCCUCGGACGCAGGCGUCCACUAG